ACAGCAAAAUCUUUUUGUCAUUGUCAGUAGAAAACAAUUCUGCUUAGUGGAUUAAUUUAUCGAAGAAACAAAGAUUUACUUUGAACAUUUAAAUUAAUUGCCAGCCAAGAUGGUGUUGGAGAGUACUAUGAUUUGUGUAGAUAACAGCGAUUACAUGAGAAAUGGAGACUUUUUGCCUACUAGAUUACAGGCCCAACAAGAUGCGGUAAAUUUGGUGUGUCAUUCAAAAACACGAUCAAAUCCUGAGAAUAAUGUUGGAUUAUUAACUUUAGCUAAUGUUGAAGUAUUGGCUACUUUAACUAGCGACGUUGGUCGCAUACUCUCUAAACUUCAUAGAGUGCAGCCAAAUGGUAAUAUCAACAUCUUAACUGGUAUCAGAAUCGCGCAUUUAGCUCUUAAGCAUCGCCAGGGAAAGAAUCACAAGAUGCGAAUUGUUGUCUUCGUUGGUUCCCCUGUGAGUACUGACGAAAAAGAGCUUGUUAAACUGGCUAAGAGACUCAAAAAGGAGAAAGUCAAUUGUGACGUAAUUUCUUUUGGAGAGGAUUCAGAUAAUAAUCCUUUACUCACGACGUUCGUUAACACGCUCAAUGGAAAAGACAACACGUCAGGAGGUAGCCAUCUAGUGUCAGUACCAGCUGGCGGAUGUGUUGUAUUAUCUGAAGCAUUGAUCUCUAGUGCAGUUAUUGGUGGGGAUGGUGCUGGCCCAUCUGGAUCUGGCUUGUCACCAUUUGAAUUUGGUGUUGAUCCCAAUGAAGAUCCUGAGCUUGCUCUGGCUCUGAGGGUGUCUAUGGAAGAACAAAGACAGCGUCAAGAGGAAGAGUCUAGGCGUCAACAAACAGGAACGGAGGGUGAAACACCCAAAGCUGGGGAAGGUCAAGGUACUGGUGUAGCUCAUGGCCGUGAACCAAUGGAAUUAUCAGAAGAAGACCAGAUUGCAUUGGCAAUGCAAAUGAGUAUGCAACAAGAUGCCCCACAGGCUGAAGAAAGCAUGGAUGUUCCUGAAGAGUAUGCUGAAGUCAUGAAUGAUCCAGCAUUCCUUCAGAGUGUUCUUGAAAACUUACCUGGUGUUGAUCCUUCAAGUGAAGCCAUCAGAAAUGCUAUGUCCACCAUCAAGAAAGAUAAAGAUGAGAAGGAAGAUAAAGAUCAAAAGGAUAAGGAUGGUAAAGGUUCGGGUUCCAAGGAAAAUUAAAAGAUAUUUUUCAAUUUUUUUAUUUAAUUAUGCUCGUAACUUUGCAACAAUUUUGUCAAACACCACAAUAAAUAUAUACAUAGUUCACCAUGAACAGUUUAUUUCCAAGAUACCCAGUUGAGUCCUUCUAUUUUCUCAUAUCCUGUAAUAAUAGACAUUUGCAUUAGUUUUAAUAAAGAAAUGUACACAUA